CGACAGUGCUCCAAAACAGCCUUGCCCAAGCUUUUGACCUUUUCCCAGUGUUUUCUUUCCCGGGGAAGAAGCUUCACAAGAGCAGGAGGAAGGCGUUUGCAGUUGAGCGAAAAGCCGGCAGCAGUUGCAUUAUUCGCCCCACGCGGAGGGACGGUUCAGGGCCAUGGCUCCAUCCCAGCUCAAGAGGGUCUUCGUGGUGGGAGUCGGCAUGACCAAGUUUGAAAAGCCGGGGACUCGUGACAAUUUUGAUUAUCCUGAUAUGGCUAAAGAAGCAGGUCAAAAGGCUCUUGCUGAUGCAGGUGUGCCGUAUUCUGCUGUGCAACAAGCAUGUGUGGGCUAUGUUUUUGGUGAUUCAACCUGUGGCCAGAGAGCUAUUUAUCACAACUUGGGACUAACGGGCAUUCCUAUUAUUAAUGUUAAUAACAACUGCUCAACUGGAUCUACAGCAUUGUUCAUGGCCAGGCAGUUAAUACGAGGAGGCUUGGCUGACUGUGUCCUGGCUCUUGGAUUUGAGAAGAUGGCAAAAGGACCCCUUUCAUCAAGUGCCUCCAUGGACAGGGUGAAUCCAAUAGACAAGCACUUGGAACUGAUGGUAAACAAAUAUGGCCUAGCGACAGCACCAGUUACACCACAGAUGUUUGGAAAUGCUGGCAAAGAACAUAUGGAAAAAUAUGGGACAAAACCAGAACACUUUGCAAAAGUUGCAUGGAAGAAUCACAAACAUUCGGUUAAUAAUCCAAAUUCCCAAUUUCAAAAAGAGUACAGUUUUGAUGAAAUCUUACAGUCCCGCAAAGUUUAUGAUUUCAUGACAAUCUUACAAUGCUGUCCAACAUCUGACGGUGCAGCAGCGGCAGUACUGGCUAGUGAAGAGUUUGUGAGGAAGAACAACUUAGAGGCAAAAGCGGUUGAAAUUGUGGCCCAGGAGAUGAUGACUGACCUUCCAAGCACCUUUAAAGAGAACAGUUGCAUAAAAAUGAUUGGGUAUGAUAUGACUAAGGAGGCUACAAAAAGAUGUUUUUCCGAUUCUGGGCUGAAACCUGAAGAUGUGGAUGUGAUAGAACUACACGACUGUUUCUCUGCUAAUGAAUUAAUUACAUAUGAAGCUCUGGGACUUUGUCCUGAAGGAAGAGCUGGUGAGCUGGUUGACAGAGGAGACAAUACCUAUGGUGGGAAAUGGGUGAUAAAUCCAAGUGGUGGCUUGAUUUCUAAAGGACAUCCACUGGGCGCCACAGGUCUGGCUCAGUGUGCCGAACUCUGCUGGCAGCUCAGAGGAGAAGCUGCAAAGAGACAAGUUCCUGGUGCAAAGGUAGCCUUGCAGCACAACUUGGGCCUCGGCGGUGCGGUUGUGGUCUCCCUUUACAAAAUGGGUUUUCCUGAAGCUGCAAGGAAUCGGCAAAUCCAAGCUGUUCCCACCAAGGCAGAGGUGGAUGGAUUUAAGGCAGAUCUUGUCUUCAAAGAAAUUGAAAAGAAACUUCAAGAGGAAGGAGAACAGUAUGUCAAGAAAAUUGGUGGAAUUUUUGCCUUCAAAGUAAAAGAGGGCCCUGGAGGUAAAGAAGCAACUUGGGUGGUUGAUGUGAAAAAUGGUAAAGGCUGCGUGGAUGUUAACUCAGAUAAAAAAGCUGACUGUACAGUUACCAUAGCUGAUUCUGAUUUGCUGGCUUUGAUGACUGGCAAGAUGAAUCCGCAAACAGCUUUCUUUCAAGGCAAAUUGAAGGUUGCUGGGAACAUGGGCUUGGCUAUGAAGCUACAGAAUCUACAGCUUCAACCAGGCAAAGCGAAACUUUGAAUCACUUUCAAUUCAAGAUGCAGUCAAGACUUGAAAAUCAAGUUUCUUAAAAACUAGGCUGGGACUAGAUGUUGGAAGUAGCAUGGGUACAGGUCUUCUGCAUACGUGUGAUCAACUCUAGCUUUCCAGGAGUCUCUGUUUAAUGGAGAUUUCAGCAAUGCCUUCCAAAAAUCAGUCUAGACUAUUGUAAAGUUGAUAAAAUAUUAGUUGUUGGGAUACUCUACAAUUGUUUAUGACGCUUAAGAGCAGCACAAUAUAUUACAAACCCUGAUUUCAGUCCAUCUUAAAUUUAUUUUUAAAAUAUUAACAUAUUAAAACAAGGCAUUGAUCUCCUAUUCCUCUUGUGAUUUUUUAGAAUUAAAAAGUCAGUAGGAAAAUUUAAUACAGUGUUAUUCAUUUGGUGAACAUUCUUCCAUAACUUCAUUUCUGUCUUAGAUUAUCUUUCAUAGAGAGUCAAGAAAACCCUCUUUGUUUUGGCUUGGAUCCAGAGAGUUAUUUUAAACAGGUGAAAAGUCCUGGACUUAUCUAAUUAUUGUUUUCUUUGAAAUACACAUAUAACUGUUGAAAAUAUAUGAUUUGAAAUUCCUUGGUUUCAAAUAUGGUUUGAUGUCAUGGGGAAGGUUGGAGUACUACUACAAAUUCAGAGCUUUCCUAGGGGAGCGGAUUUAGCUACGUGUUUCUUUGCAUCCUAGCUUUUAUCUAACAGAAUUAUCUUUUUCCUCAGUUAACAUAUUGAACCAUCUUUAAGCACAUCAUAUUGUUUCUAUUAAUUAACUGUAAUAUUAAUUGUGCUUUCCCUUCUGAACAUAUUGAAUUCAGAAUAUAACACUUUUUAAAUGAACAGUUUGAUUAUGAUAUACAUAAUUCUGGAAACUGGUAAUUCUUUACUAAAUUGAUAUCUAAUAUUCUAAUUUUUGAAUUCCUUUUGUUUGGAGGUAACAUUUUGAUCUGAAAGUUUCAUAGUAAACUUAAAUGGAUUCUUCA